CGACGAAGAAGAGAGCUGAAAAGAAAAUUUUGCAUGCCAAGCACACGAUUUUGUACAUAUUCCAUUUGUUUCCCUAAAAUUAGUUGUUAGAAAGUACUUCCUCCGAUCAAGCACGAUGGCGCGAGGUCACCAAAAGAUUCAGUCCCAACAGAAAGCGCAGGAAAAGGCGGCCAAGCUAAAGAAGCAGCAGGGGCAUGGUUUGAGCGAUCAGAUGAAGGCGGCCCAGAAGGCGCUCGUGUUUUCGUGUGCCGUCUGUAAAUCCCAGAUGCCCGAUCCUAAAACGUACAAACAGCAUUUCGAAAACAAGCAUCCCAAAAACGAGAUGCCUGCGGAACUGAAAGAUGUCUAGAGCACGUACGCCGCCAACCGCACGUCGGAUAGAUUCCGUCGCGCACCAGUACUAUCCAAAGAGUGCCGGAAGAAGGCGAUGCAUUCUUUGUUUAUGCGAACUUUCCCUCCAGUUCUAAUCGACCGCACAUAGGCAUUGUUUGUCGUCUUCUAUCGAUUUGUUUUCGAUCGUGAAAUUGGGUAGAGCGAAUUUCCUGCACGCAAGGCGCGAACCGCUGUUAGGCCAUGGCAAGCUUAUGUUCGGUUCCUAGGAUACAAACAGGCUACCAUUCUUUAUUAUUCUGAGCAGCAACUCUUUGUAAUUCUAACGAUAACGUAAACUAAUAAAGCCGUUGACAUUUUUUC